UCUGUACGUUCCUUUUAUCACAGCGGGACUGAAUCAGUCAGGUCAUCUUGAUUGAUGUUAACAUGCAAGCACAGUUGUCACGUUCAUGCUCUGUCCCUCAGCAGACGAUUCUGGACAGUUGAAACACGUACAUGUGGCACUCCCCCCGCCCCCAUCUCUCUAUGAUGGGGAACGUGCAGGAUGCGGGCCAGACACUCACGGAAAGGAGAUUCUGGUGGGGAGGUCGGGUCUCAGUUCCAAACCAAACCCACACCGCCUUCGCGCGGGAGGUGAUUAAGGCCGCCGAAACAGGGGACAUCGGCAAGCUCCGAAAGCUAUACUCAUGCGUUCGAGGAGGUUUAGCCAAAAUACAGUGCGAGACAACGCUGACCACGCCCCUACACGCAGCUGCUGCCAAUGCCCACGGCUACGUGGUCAAAUAUCUCCUCAGCAAAGGAGCCGAUCCCAAUCUCCAGGACAGUUCCUCUGAAACUCCGCUGCACACAGCUGCCAAAGCAGGCGCUACAGAAUGUCUCUUGUUGUUGUUGCAAGCCAAAGCUCUGGUUGAAAUCGUUGACGCCUGGGGAAGGACCCCUUUGUUGAAGGCCGUCGUUUACAAUCGGCCGAAAUGUGUGCAUUGGUUGUUGUCCGCUGGCGCUAGGACUAACGUACUGGACAAUGAUGGACUAUCCCCCGUUCACGUAGCAGCAAGCUAUGGGCAGGUGUCACUGUUGAGGAAGCUGGUCAAACAUGGAGCAAAGCUGGACGUGGUCAAUCGGAAAGGAAAGCUGCCCAUAUCUAAAGCUAUCAACGCGGGCCAGGUCACAAUGGUACAGGAACUCAUCAACUAUGGCGCGAGAACCUACCACAAAGAUCACUGUGUCGUGAAAGACGCCAUUUCCAAACUUGCUCAAAGCCAUCCGGCCGCGAAGGAGAAUGACAUAGCUAACUACAAGAUGGUUGAAACUGUGAUAUUAGCCCAUGGCUACACACUUGACGAGGAAAACUUGGAACUAUUUCUGUCCAUAUUUCGAUCACUUGAGCCGAAAUUAUUCCUACCGAUAUUGAUGAGGUUGGCAUUGAUGUCAGGGAAGCCAAAGUCAAGUUCCCCCUAUCUAUUAUCGCCUCACCAUGUCGACCAGCUCGAGAAAUUUCUUCCCGACGACUUUAGAUUAUUCUCUCUACAGAACUUGGCAAAAAGAAAGGUUCGCUCUUGUCUGAUGGAUUCGGGACGGAACGUCGCAUGGGCUAGUGCUAAACUUGACGUGGCACCAAUGCUGAUCAAAAUUAUAUUAUUACAAGAUAUAUUUUGACACAA